AUGUCUACAACCAGGUUGCACCAUCACCCGUCUCUUCCCGCCCCCGUCGUUCACGCUGGCUUCUCCGCCCACCAGUCCAAGUCCCAUGUCCUCGCCGGUGUGCAGGACGCGUAUUGGAGUGACGAUGACGCCGAUGAUGCAGAUUGUCCGCUUUGUCUUGAAGAGAUGGAUAUUUCAGACCUUAAUUUUAAGCCGUGCGUCUGCGGGUACCAGAUUUGUAGAUUCUGUUGGCAUCAUAUCAAGCAGAAUCUCAACGGCCGCUGUCCCGCUUGUCGCCGUGAGUACACCGACGAAACUGUUCAGUUCAAACCUAUUGCGAAAGAAGACCAUAAACGCCUGACCCAGCAGAAGAAGCAACGUGAACGCGAGCGCAAAGAACUUGACGCCCUUGGUAGGCGCCAUCUCGCCAAUGUCCGCGUCGUACAGCGCAACGUUGUAUAUGUCGUCGGUAUUGGUCCUCGAUUUGCGAAGGAGGAGCUUAUCCCCACCCUUCGCUCGAAUGACUAUUUUGGGCAAUAUGGCAAAAUCUCUAAGAUUCUACUUGUCAAGCGUACAUCAUCAGGGGGUGGUGCGCCUAUUGUAGGACUCUACAUUACGUAUCAUCGGCGCGAGGAUGCCGCACGUUGCAUCUCAACCGUUGACGGUGCCCCAAGCCCAGGAGGAGGCCGAGAGGUCAUGCGUGCCAGCUAUGGGACGACCAAGUACUGCAUGGCGUUCCUCCGUGGCGUAUCAUGUACUGAUCACACCUGUAUGAAUCUGCAUGAAUGGGGAGAUGAGAAAGACUGUUUUACCAAGGAGGAUCUGACAACGCUGAAGCAUACUAUCAAGGACACAGAAAGCAGGGGGACCAAAACUGGGGAUGGCCUCCCGCGCACUGCAGCAUGGGCUAAACCUGCCACUCCGACGCCCAGCAGCACGAUGCCCACUGCUACAGUUGCUCAGCGUCCCCGGCGUGGUGGUCAGCGGCAGGCGCGUACACCACGCCCACAGCAUGAUCGCAAGGUUGGUUCAGGCGGUGGAGGGAGUACGAAAGCACCCUCCAUCGCGUCUUCGUCUCGGCCCCCGACGCCCGCUGUCUCCCCGCGUCCCCCGACGCCACCUGAGGUCAAGACUCUCCGGGCCAAAGAACCGGCACCGCUUCCGCCGACUUCGCCCUCACCGUCAAUGGCAGUCGACUCGGAUGAUGUAGGCUCCGGUAGUCAGGAUGUACCACAAAGUCCGCCGCGCCCACGCUCCACGGAGAGUGUGGACAGUAUACCGGCUGUACCUAUUUCUCUGCCACCAGGUUUACCAGAUGCCCCACCUGGUCUCCCGCCUCCGACUCGUACAGCUAAGGCGGAGUCCGUUCCUGCGUCAGGUCUUCAAGCACUACAAAUGUCUGGGGGAAGCUAUCAAAUGUCCACCGCUGCACAAGCGCUACUUGAUGACGUCAAAGCGCGUCGCGAGGCGGUGCUUUCGAGCACACAAGUAAGCGUCUUUCCCGAUUUUGAUCGCACGCUGCGUAUGCUCUCGGGGAGCGAGGGUGGGUUCAGUUUCAAUCUGGACCCAAAGCUUGCAGAUGUAAAUGUAAAUGCGGAGGGAGAGGCAGUAUUAAGUGCGCUUGAAGCGGAGGCUCGCGUACCUUUCGCUGGUGGCUUUAUGGACGCAUUCCCUGCGCUCAAGCCACAAGCACACUCUCACACGCAUCAAGUGCCAACCAUGUACCCUCAUAACCCCGCCCGCUCCAUUUAUGACCCCCUUACGAUGCGCGAGAGCUAUCUUGGGCCAUUUAACCCCUUCGGAGAAACAGAAGGAUCCUCGACUAGUGGUGGUGCGCGCAGUUCGCCGUCGUACCCCGAUGAAGAACGGAAAGUUUCAAGAUUUGGAUUCGCACGGGGGAGGCAAGGCUCAACAGCUGCGAGCUCGCCCGUUCACGUGACAUCGCCAUUGAGUGCGAGUGAUAGCCAUCACUCGUUUUUCACGGCUUCGGAAACUCCUGCCAUGACAUCGUCGCAUUGGAGUCAUGGAGGACAUGGAGAGUACGCAGGAUAUGCCACCAGUUCUCCACUUGUGCAGCAAGCGCAGACAGUGCAGUCGCCCCCGCAGCAGCACGCGCAGCCACAGACACAACCGACACGCUUUCAGCCAUUCGACACGAGUGUGAGCGUGAGUGAAGCCCAGCUCCGUGAGCUGAUCCAGUCGAGCAGGGAGCGUGCCGGCUCGAUGCAAAUGCAUAACGCUACAGCUGUUUCAGAUCAACCUCAGUACCAGUUUGCGCCUUUCAGUGACCCCGCAAUCAUGUCAGCCCGUUUCGCUUCGCCCGUAUUAUCCUCCGCAAGUCUGUCGUAUGCUGGUACACCAGUAAUUGCGACCACAGCACCAGCUACUACAGCCACACACGGCCCCCCGCCGGGCCUAGCAUACCCAAAUAGUGAGUCCCUUUCUUUUGUUCAGGGGAGGGAGUCCCAGGUCAGAGUACCGAGAGCCCCUCCGGGACCUUCGCAUUCGGCCAACAUUAUUUCGAUUCUCCCCUUCUUCACUCCUUCAGUUUCGUCCUCACCUUCGCCAGUCCCAAUACUGUCGUCUGCUGAUUUUCCCGCCCUGAACGCCGAUGUACUUCCUACGCCUGAUGCACAGCCUGCCGAGACAUCAUCUCCCGCCGAAGGUAGUAAGGAACAGGCCAAAGCAGAGCGCAAGGCGGCAAAAAAGGCGGCGGCGGCGGAGCGUGCGCUCGAGCGCCAGAAAGCAGCCCAGGAGAAAGCAGCUGCAAAGGCCACUGAGAAGGCCCGGAUUGCGCAAGAGAAGGCUGUGGAGAAGGAGAAGCUGGCGAAGGAGAAAGAAGAGCGAGAGAAGUUAGUACGGGAGAGGGCGGAAGUAGAGAGGGUAGAGAAGGAGAGGCAGGCACAAGAGAAAGUGGCUGAGGAGGAGACGGAGAGAGCUCUCAUAAAAGAGAAGGAGAGGCAGGCCCUGGCUGAGAAGACUCAAGCUGAAAAAGCAAGGGCAGCCCAGGUCAAGGCUCAAAAAGCCGCCAAGUCUGCAUUAGCGAUCAAAGCCACGAAGUCUGCAGGCUCCUCUGGCCAGGUGCCUGCUACUCCGACUGCCAAGCAGUCCCCCGCUCCAUCUAAGGCAUCUGAACCCGUGGAACAAGCACCCAUACUGUCCAAGAUGCCGAAGAAGAACAAACCCGUCGCUCGUCCAAUCAAGGUCCUGAAGGAGGAUGAGAUUGCUCUUGGAAAUGCGUCGGCUGCACCAUCGGUUUCGGUUUCAGAGUCUGCGAAUUUUCCACCUUCCAAGACCACGAAUACAGUCGUCUCUAGCUCGAACAACUCGAGGGCACAGUCUGUGGACACGUCCUCUCCUGUGGAACCUGCCUCACUUGCUGAUUUGCUCGACGACAUUGACGUGAGGAAUCCGAGCAUGGAUCUUCCCAACCAUCCCUUCUUUGACAUAGCAAAGAUCAAUCCCGCUGCCAAGAUGCCUCUUGAAUAUGGUCCUCUAGUGCACGCAUUGUCUGCCCUUUCUGUAGGUGGAGGAUCAUUUGCUACCAACAUGCCUUCGGGUUCCAUCGAUAAUGCCGUGUCUUCAUUCCAACAACUGUUGGAGACACUGACACAGACCAUCUCCGACCUCCUCCGCCUGCUUCCUCGGACGACGUGGGACGACAGCUCUUCAUUUGAUGGUGUGCUUCGUGACAUGCUCAAGGGUGAUGAUUUCUUAGACGACGGCGGCGAUGAUGCAGCUGGCAAAGAAGACGAAGUUGCCGCGUUGACGCUCGCCCUUGAGCGUCGAGCUCGCUGGAUGGAAGUGCAGCUAUCCAAGCUCGAGGAACUUCAUCGUGACAUCAACACAGCUGCGGUACGUGCCGUCCUUGCAUUCAAUGACAGUGGCUGGGAUCGUCACAUAUUCAUGCCUCGGGUUGGCAAUACCCUCCGCCGCUUCGACAAUAUUGGUAUGAUAGAGCAAAGUGGCAAGAUGAGGCCGAUGACAGUGGACGAGUUGGAGAAGAAGCUGCAAGUAGCCAAGGAAGCUGCCAUAUUCGCGGAGACUGAGUUCCGAGAGGCGAUGGAGAAAAUGCAAGCUGUGAAGCCCGUGGAAGUUGACUACUGA